GGGGGAUGAAGAGAGCCCGUGUUUGUUCUAACGGUGCGCCGCUUCAAGAGUUCAGGAAGCGUCAAUAAAACCAUCCCGAUACUAAACUCACGCUGGCCCGCGCGCUCUUACCAGGACCGUGACGCGCGCGCGGCUGAUCGGGACACUUUAGCAUUAUGCAUUCGGACUGCAGGCUGCUGGGAUGGACGCGUCGGUAAUGGUGGGAAGAGGAACCGGAGGGGCUGCGCUCUUCAUCCUGAUCGUCUUCAUCGUACUCCUCGGUGCCAGAAGCUCACGGGCGCAGAAGGGGGACGGCUGUGGACACACAGUGCUAGGUGUGGGCAGCGGGAGCCUGGCGUCUCUGGGUUAUCCUCAGUCUUAUCCUUCACAGUCUGUGUGUGAGUGGGAGAUCAGCGUGACCGCUGGGCACAAAGUCCUUGUGCGCAUCGCAGAUCUUGACAUUGAUACAAGCAAUUGCCAGGUGUCUUACCUGCGACUCUAUAAUGGGAUCGGACCGGGGCGAACAGAAAUUGUGAAGUUUUGUGACAGUAAAGAAUGGAAAGAUGUGUUCAUAAAGUCAGAGGGUCAUCAGGUCACAGUGCAGUUCAUGAGUGGACCACACCACAACGGUCGUGGCCUUUUCCUCUCCUACACCAACAGUCAGCACACUGACCUCAUCACCUGUCUGGAGAAAGGAGAGCACUUCAGUGAAGCAGAGUUCAGUAAAUUCUGUCCUGCUGGAUGCCUGAUUGAUUUCGGAGAGGUUUCAGGAACCAUACCACAUGGAUACAGAGAUUCUUCUCCUCUGUGUCUGGCCGGCAUUCAUGCGGGUGUGCUGUCCAACACUCUUGGGGGGCAGAUCAGUGUGGUCAGCAGCAAAGGCAUCCCACACUACGAAAGCUCACUGGCUAACAAUGUGACAUCUGUGCCGGGAACUCUCUCCCCGAGCCUUUUUACUUUCAAGACCAGCGGUUGCUAUGGCACUUUGGGUUUGGAGUCGGGGGUGGUGAGCGACUCUCAGAUCAAGGCCUCGUCCGAGUGGGAAUGGGGCGGUCAUGGAAAACAGCCCACCGUCUGGGGCCCUAUGGGGGCCCGCCUCAAAACUCCAGGACGUCCGUGGGCUGCAGCCAACAGCGACACCAAAGAAUGGAUUCAAGUGGACUUGAAGAAAGAGAAGAAAAUAACAGGCAUUACCACCACUGGCUCCACACUCCCAGAGUAUCAGUUUUACGUUUCAGCCUAUGAGGUGUUAUACAGCCGUGAUGGACAGCAGUGGAAACCCUAUCAAGAAGUGGGAUCAGAUAAAAACAAGAUUUUCCAAGGUAACACCCACUAUCUGCAGGAGGUGCGAAACAACUUUAUUCCUCCAAUUGAGGCACGCUUUAUCCGAAUAUGUCCCUUACAGUGGCACCAGAGGAUCGCCCUUAAAAUGGAGCUGCUGGGCUGCCAACCGCAUGCAGCGAGGCCCAGAAUCUUCCAUCCAGGCCCUGCACCUCCUCGCAGGAAGAGCACAGCACCGCCAGCGCAGGAGAGGACCACACACACACCCAACAUCCAAAACUCCACCAUGCCUCCUCACUCUCAUGACGAGGUGGCGCUGGUAGCAGUGUUGGUUCCCGUAUUGGUGGUGGUUCUGACGACACCAGUGCUGGUGAUGGUGUGCUCAUGGCUGUGGAAGAACAGAAAAAGCCCUGAGGUGACGUAUGACCUUCCACACUGGGAGCGCACGGUGUGGUGGAAGAGUAUGAAACAGUUGUUGCCUUCUAAGCUGGAUGGAGAAGACUGUGUUCGAUAUAGCUCUACGACACGAGUGGACCACCAGAGACCCCGGGUGGAGCCUGCAGAAUAUGCCCAACCGCUGGUCACAGGAAACAUGGCCUCUCUGGGACAAAGGUCGACUUUUAAACCCGAAGAGGCCGAUGUUCCCGAAUACGAUGCACCUAUUCCUCCGGAACAUUACCAUGCUUAUGCUGAGCCCCUUCCUGCUUCUGGCACUGAAUACGCCAUGCCGAUCAUGAUUGAUAGGGCCAACCAUCUAUCAGGAGGCACUCUGCCAUUCAGGGGGCGUGGUUUAGUGACUCAAACAGACAGCAGCCAAUCAGCAAGCUCAGCAUAUGACACGCCCAAGAUCACAUCUGAUCAAGCCACACCCACAGAGGGACAGUUAUACCAAGUGCCACAGAAUACCCACAACGCCCCAUGUCAGACAAUAGACUGACCAAUCACAGAAGAGCGAACGCUAUAAACUGUCUCGGAAAUCUGCAGAUCAGAUCAGAAUGUGUGAAGUUAUACACCGCGCAAGUCCUAUCACUGAAAUAACACGCAAGGAAUGUCAGGAGAGAAGAAAAACAGCAGAGAUCUCGUUACACUACUGUGUUUUGUGGGUGUUUGUGCAUUUAAAUGUGUGUGUGUGUGUGUAUUGCGUAUGAGUGCAUAUACGUGACUGUGCACUGCUAUCAUACUGUGAGAUACUUUAGAUGUCUGUGCAUUUUUCUCAGAG